UCCCUCAGAAGUCUCUCGGAUGUUUAAAAAAAAAAAAAAGGAGGGAGGGACUGUACGACAAUAGGUCCCGCUAGCUGCGUGGAAAGAGUGGCUCCUCCUCCGGUUUCGUCCUUCCUACCCGCGUUUAUGGAAGGAGGCGGGUCAGAGUCAGCUCCUCCUUCCAUCCUCCCACUCCCCUGCCCCUUCCAAACCCGGCUGUUCAGCGCCCGCCUGCCCACCUUGUGCGCGCGUGCGCACAGACACCACACAAGUCCUCCCCUCGCACGUUCCUUCCGUGGUCUGUUGGUAGCCCUGGUGGAUUGGGGUGUGUGGGUGGAGGAGGUGAUGGUGCUGAGGUGAAUCCUUCCGUUCCUGGAACCGCCUCAAAAGAGGAGGAGGGGCGGCAACGGCGGAGCAGGAACAGCAGCGCGCUGUCUCUUGCCGCUUCCGUCAUCAUGGCUCACUCCCCUGUGCAGCAGCCUGGCCUGCCGGGGAUGCAGAAUCUGAAAGCAGAUCCAGAAGAGCUUUUUACAAAGCUGGAGAAGAUUGGCAAAGGUUCAUUUGGUGAAGUUUUUAAAGGAAUUGACAAUCAAACUCAGAAAGUUGUUGCUAUAAAAAUUAUUGAUCUUGAAGAAGCUGAAGAUGAAAUAGAAGACAUUCAGCAAGAGAUUACAGUGCUGAGUCAGUGUGACAGUCCAUAUGUUACCAAAUAUUAUGGAUCCUAUUUAAAGGAUACAAAAUUAUGGAUAAUAAUGGAGUAUCUUGGUGGAGGUUCUGCUCUAGACCUUUUAGAACCGGGCUCUCUUGAUGAAAUCCAGAUUGCUACAAUAUUGAGAGAGAUUCUGAAAGGUCUUGAUUAUUUGCAUUCAGAAAAGAAAAUUCAUAGAGAUAUUAAAGCUGCUAAUGUGCUGCUGUCUGAACAAGGCGAAGUGAAACUAGCAGACUUUGGUGUAGCUGGACAACUGACUGAUACACAAAUAAAGAGAAACACCUUUGUGGGUACACCAUUUUGGAUGGCACCAGAAGUCAUAAAGCAGUCAGCAUAUGAUUCCAAGGCAGAUAUCUGGUCACUGGGCAUAACAGCCAUAGAACUUGCAAAAGGUGAGCCACCACAUUCAGAACUGCAUCCAAUGAAAGUUCUAUUCCUGAUCCCAAAGAACAAUCCACCAACGUUAGAAGGAAACUACAGUAAACCUCUAAAGGAGUUUGUUGAGGCCUGCUUGAACAAGGACCCAAGUUUUAGACCGACAGCAAAGGAACUCCUGAAGCACAAAUUUAUAAUACGAAAUGCAAAGAAAACCUCUUAUUUGACAGAUCUCAUUGACAGGCAUAAAAGAUGGAAGUCUGAGCAGAACCAUGACAACUCCAGCUCUGAAGAUUCAGAUGGUGAAACAGAAGGCCAAGCCUCAGGUGGCAGUGAUUCAGGUGACUGGAUAUUUACUAUCCGAGAGAAAGAUCCUAAAAACCUAGAGAAUGGUGCUACCCAGCUACACGAGUGGGAAAGACCCAAGGAAAAUACCAUUCAACGGCGUCCUUUAUCUCGGUGCUUGUCUACAAUUAUAUCACCUUUAUUCACAGAGCUGAAAGAGAGAAGUCAAGCUUGUGGGGGGAACAUGGGAUCCAUAGAAGAACUGAGAGAGGCUAUUUAUUUGGCUGAAGAAGCAUGUCCAGGCAUUUCAGAUACCAUGGUGACAGAGCUUGUGCAGAGGCUUCAGAGGUAUUCAGUCACUGGAAGAAGCACAUCAUCCCACUAAAGUAUUGUUUCAUGAUGUUUGCUUGUUCAGUGGGGCUCCUGUAGGCACCUCUUCUAAUGCUGGUCUGCUACUGUUGGUCAGUGGUACACUCUCCAGUAUAUGGACAUUCCUGAAGGUGCAGCAACAGAAAUGAACAACCUAGCAAGGGCAUUGUUUUUCAGCUCUGUAUAGUUUUUUAAAAAUAAUAAUGCACAUAUUCAAAGAAGGUAUCUUUUUAAAUUUCCGAGAUGUAUAUUUAGAAUUGCAGUUAGGAAACAAAAGCUAUUGUGAAAUCUCAGGUAUCUUGCUUUAAGUCAUUGGUCUUCAACUAAUUGAUCCGGAUUCAGAUCCCUGUGGGCUAUGUCUCAAUAUAAUGUGAGUGCACCAGUGGCACUGCCAUAAUUUUCUUUGUUUUAGGAUUUAUGUUAACAAAAGGAGAAAGAUGGGGAAAAGAAAUAAAGAGGGGAUUAAGUGGGUAUCAUAUUUGAGAUUGGGAUUUAAAAUGGAUUUUGAGUCUGAAAAGUUGAAGACAACUGCUUUAAGUCGAUGAAUCUGUGAAUUGGAAAACGUACCUUUGGCUCUGUGUACAGAUUUGUAUAUAGUCAGGGUUUUUUUUACUGAAACUUGCUCAAUGUGCAUAUAGAAUUCCUCUGUACAAAUGACCAAGUGCUUCUGUAGAUUAUGCUAGUGAGGUAAAUAUUUUGGCAGAUCAUAACUGAUUAUUUUGGCUUGUCUUUGUUAUAAGAAAUAUUGGAACUGUAUAACAAGAGGUUUGAUUUGACCUUGUACUUGUGGGUCGAAAAUAAUUAAAGCUGUGGUAUAAAAAUCUGGUUCAUACCUCAGAUGCAGAGUUUCCUCUACUUUUGUUACACAAUGUUCUUCUUUGUAUUGCUCUAGAGUUGGAUUACUAAUCAUGGUACGACAUUAUUUCAAUUUUCUUCAUCACUUUGUUUGAUCUUAUGUAAUAAUUGCUUGUUUUAGUGUCUUUAUAUCUGUUUAAGAUUGUGCCAAUCCAAAGUUUGAAUACACUUUUAUUAAUUUUAUUUGAAACUUCUUUGUAAAAUCUGAACAUCUCAUACAGCUAAAUUAAAGAAAAAAUUCUCUUGAAACACCUCCUAGAGAGGCUUGCUUGAGUAAUGGCUGUUUGUAAGAUGCUGAUCUUAAAACUGUUAGAAAAUAUAUUAAAUUUACAUACACGAAAACUUUUAACUAUGAUCAUUGAGAGAUACAUUUGAUUUAACUUGGUAUUCAAGAUCCAUUGUUGAGGGGGAGAAUACUUGAAAUUUCAUCGAAACUUAAAAUAGAAAUGGUCACUGCUGCAGUUUUAGAUAUCUGUAUAUUUGGUUGUUACAUCUUCUUAUGGUUCACCUUCUGAAUUUAGUGUCUCUUACAAUGGGCAGAAAUUUGUAGAACGUUCAGUCAACACUUUGUCCGUUGGGAAUAUCUUUUGCAAACGCUGUAUAAAUAUCUCGUAGGUAUUUCAUUUGACUUUCUUUUUAAGAAAUUUCUGCAAGUGAAUGGAAUACAUCACCAUGGAAAAAGUAAAGUGUAAAGAUGUGGUUGUCAAGAAUUAUUAAAAGGGGCUAGUUUUUUCAAACAGAAGAAAAUAGGUAAUUGACAAUGACCUGCAUCACAAUCCUAGCCAUAUCUACUCACAAGUAAGUCCUAUUGAUUUCAGUGGGGCUUACCCCCAGGUAAGGGGUGUGUGUGUGUUAGGAUUGCAGUGUUAGUCAGAUUGAACAUGAAACCUUUAUUUUAGUCAUCAAAAAUAUUAAUUGCAACUUAAUAUUAAAGCCCAUCUUCAUAUGGAGAAACUAUGCAUAAUCAAACCUCAAGUGAGAACUUUGUUAUUCUCUUGACAAAAAGCUGGAAAUGGACUAAGGGUGUAUUACGUAAGUAAUUUCAGUGGUAGCUGGAUGUGAAAGUACACUUGCACAAUUUGCAACACUGAAUACCAUUUUCUCCCUUAUUGGUCAGAAUCCAGAGAAGUGCAGGCUAAAGUGGGCUGGUGGAAGCUGCCUUACACCCCACCUGGCUGUUCGUAUGGCUCCCCGAAAAGGCUUCCCUGAGGGAUGGGCACACUGCUGAAUGAGGUGGACUGUGACAUGGGGCACAGAGGGAAGGGGAGGGAUCCUGCAGAACUGAGUGGAGGUAACCUCUGCAAGUGGGACCAGCCUGCCUAAAGUAUAUGGAUGGAGUAGGGGUGGAAAAGAGACAACUUUCAGUCUGGUCAGUGCAUGUUUGUGUACAGGAGUUAAGUGGGAGAAGAAGAGGACACCCUGCAGCUAAUCUCCACCCACCUGAUCCUUUUUUCAGAUGCCUGCAUGCAGCCUAAGACCUAAUGGCAUUUUCCAAAUGUAUUGUUCAAAUUCUUUGCUAAUGAUCUGCUACUUCAGGAAUAAGAAACUGAAUCCCAAUUUUUAGGAGGAAUCUCAAUUUGAGAUUUCUUAAAGGCAGAAAACUCAAGUUUUGAAGAUUUAGGUAUACCAAGAGAGACCUUUGCCUUAAAAUGUUUUGAAUUAGUGGUUUUUAAUGGUAUUUACAUAAUUAUACAAAGAUGGCUUUUAACAAAUGUUGCUUAGCUGAAGACUGGCUAAAAGAUGACUAUUUAGCUGAUUUGUAGCCCAGUCUUGUGCAUAUUUACUUAAGUCCCACACUGAGUUCAUUUGGAUUUGCUCCCAAGUAAACAUACAUGGGAUUUCAGAACAAUAAUUCUUAUUGGUGAUACCCAAUUUUGGUAUCCGCUUAUGCAGUAGACUUGUACUUAAAUGGAGCUGCCCUAUAGCCCUUUGUGCGCUUCCAAAAUCUGCUCUGGGGGGCCUGCAGGGGGAAGAGCAGAAGAGAAACUCCAGUUGCCUCUUCUGUCAUGACAGUGGAUCUUGCCCUAAUGUUAAAAAGGAGAUUAUAUAUGCAACUUUCCAAAAGUGGAAUUGCUGUUCUCUGCUGGUUAUGAUCAAAUUCAGAUCUUAAUUCCAAGGCAUCACUUUAACUUUGUGAUUCAUUUUACUUGGGCCUUUUAAAUUAUUGUGUGUGACACAUUAAAUAUUUUGGAAUUGUGCUCUUCUAAGGAAAUGCAGCAUUGAAAUGUAUGUUCCCUGGGUUUUCUAUGUGCAUGAUGUAGCUUGGCCUUCCUCAACCUAGUGCCCUUCAGAUAUUUUGGAAUGCACCUCCUGUCACCCUCAGCCAUUGUGGCCAUUGGCUAUGCUGUCUGCGGCGAAUGGGAGUUGUAGUUCAAAACAUCUGAAGGGCAUCUGGUUGGGACAUGCUGGUGUCAUUAAUACAGCUUUCCAUCCCUUUGCUAGGGGAGAAUUCUGUCUUAAAUAUUAUUGCUUACAGAUCACUAAACAUUUCCACAGGUAUUUUAGAAAUUUCCCACUUUUUCAAGAUUUAGCAUAAUUACGGUGCUAAGGAAGCUGUACAAAUAAACCAAGUCUUUGAAACCAGAAAGCUUCCUAUUUGGUGUGUCAGAUUACUUUUCGUGUGUUUAGUUAGAAAUCUAUUUCAGUUGCAGUUACAGUCUUGUAGUUGAGCUAGAAGGUAGAUGGCUGUUGUGUUGGUACACAGAACUUCUGAUGAAAUAGUGAAAAUCUAUUUUCUUAUUAGGUGCUGUGGACUCUGUGGUUCCCCAAUAGUUGGCCAUUUUGGGAGUUACAUCUGGUCUUGUUUUGUUCUAAAUCUUCAUAUAGCAUUUUGUAUUUUUGGUACCUUGCAGCACUGAUAUUAUUUGUUAACAUCUUUAGGAUAAAUUCAGUGGUUUAUUCUUCCAGUCAUACCCUGCAAUUCUGUAUAGCAGAUAGUGGAGUUGCACACACAUCUCUGCAUAGGGAGGGAGGGGCAAUGAGUGUCUUGGCUUAUCUACAUAUGGAUGAUUAACCUGAAUACUACUUCUAUCACCCGUUUUGAAGAGGAAGGAUUAUGGCAAUUGCAUGACUGUAGUGCAUGAGCUCCAGAGAUCCAUACCUCAACUUGUAUAACCAUUAGCAGAACUAUCUGAACUGGCCCUUGUGUUUUCUUCAUCAAGGCUUGUUAUUGAAUUGAAGAUGCAAACGCACAGCAAAGUGGAAGAAGGAAUGUCUCACGGCAUCUUAAAGAUAACAUUUAUUCUCGCGAUUUCAUUGGCCAGAUGACUGAAGUGUUAUCAGUUAGCAGAGAAUACAUGCACACAUAGAUGUAACCAGUGUGGCCAAAAGGCUGUGAAAUAUUAGAGAUAGCAGGUCUACAGAAUAGGCAGGUCUUGUAUCUAUUAGAUACUACAGACUUGCACAUGCCUUUCAUGUUUCAUGACAUUUUGGCCCCAUUGGUGACAAUUUUUUCUUGUUUGCUUAUAAGGUGGAGCAUGCUAUUAUGUCUCAAAUUAUUUUUAAUGGAAUAUUUUAAGUAAACCUUUGAAUUGCUUUGGAUAUAACUCUUAAACACUGUAUUUGCUUUAUUGAAUUUUUCCUCUAAUCAAGUAUUUCAGUUCAAGUACCUUUGGCUGUUGGAAAACUUUGAAAUAAUUAUACAGCAUGCAGAAUGAACACCUUUUGCUCUAAAUGUUAAUUUAAACCUGCUAAAACAGAUCCUACUCGAUGUAGGGCAUCAGAACGUUUUCUGGGAAACCUCAUUCAGAAGUCUUUUAUAAACACAAUUACUUAAGAGCAUAGGAAGUUGCUUUUUAUCAACUCAGAGGAUUCAUCUUUCUAGCUCAGUAUUGUCUACACCAGGGAUGGAGAACCUUUGCCUCUCCUGAUGCUGGAACAUAACUCAAAUCAUCUCUGACCUUUUGGCCAUGCUGGCUGGGGCUGAUGCACUCCAACAAAAACAUCAGGAUGAUAAAUGGUUCCUUUUGCCUGAUCUACACUUAAUGGCAACAGCUCUUCAUGGUUUCAGACAGGAAUUUUCCCCAGCCCUACCUGGAAAUGCCAGGGAUUAAACCUGUAAUCUUUUGCAUGCAAAACAUGUUCUCUACCCUGAUAUAGUCCAUGAAAGUUUGUGCCACAAUAACUCUAUUAAGAUGUUGCAAUAUUGUGUUUGCUGCAAUAAGCUAAGACAGCUACCCAGUCUGAACCUGUUGCAAUAAAGUGGAGAGAUCAUUGUGAUGUGUUCUUAAGUAAAGGUAUGAUAAACAGACAUUUUCUUUCAAUAUAAAAUUAUUUUUAUAGUUCUGGUAAGGAAGGCAGGCCUUAACAUAUCAGACUAACAUGCAUCAACCAAUAUAUGCUGAGGAUAUGUUUUGUAUAAAGAGCAACCACUUAGUUAAGGAAUUUGCAGUAGCUGUAUAAGAUACCAUGCAGUUGCUGCCCUCUUAAGUAUGUAGUAGAUUCUUUUUACAGAUAAUUAAAGAAUUUCUUGGCUGGAUCAGAUCAAAUUCCGUAUAGUCCAACAUUUUGCUUUCAGCAGUGGCCAGCCAGCUGUCUUUAGGAAAUUCACAAGCACAGCAUUAUGAUAACUAGCAGUUCUCCCAAAUGUCUAGUAAUUGGAUAUAUAUUGUCAUUUUAAGCUAUUGUGAGAAACUAUCCUUUUAUCAAGUUGUUUUCUUCUGUAAUGCUGUUCUCUAUUUAUAAGCCUGUAUAAAAAUAGCUUAAGUCCACACAUCAAGCUGUUCCUCAAUGCCUUGUAUGUUAUAUGACACAGAAAUAAAGA